AUGGCCUACGAGCCGCUGCGCGGCUCAUGCUCAUGUGGUCGCAAUGAAUACCAAAUUAACAUCCCAGAUGACGUGACAGAACAUGCCGAGGUCUACUUCGACAGCAGCCGAGACAGCCGCCGAUUCCACGGCACACCUCUUUCGGCAUGGCUGCGCGUGCCUCUCGACUGGUACGAGUCUUACACCCAGUCCUUCUUUCCGGAUGAAUCCCACUCCUCUAUCCGUCGCAGUUUUUCGCCCCGUCAUGCCCCCCAGACUCAGCGAGUGUUCUGUGGUUACUGUGGAACACCAUUGACAUUCUGGACCGAGGAGCCGCGCGAGGAGUCAGACUUCAUGUCCAUUGCCAUCGGCAGCUUGCUAGCUGAAGAUCAGAGGGCUUUGGACGAUCUAAAUCUGCUUCCGGAUGACUUCGAUGACGAUGCCCCUCGUGCCGGGGUGGUCUCGACCUCUACCCGGGCACCUGCAGAGGCUUCCACAUCUUCAGUCAUUAUUCCGUCUUUUGAGGAGCCUCAGAUUUCUAGAAGCUUUCAGCAUGGCACAGCCAGGGGUAUUCCUUGGUUUGAAGAGAUGGUGGAAGGAAGCCGUUUGGGUCGCUUGAUGCGAUCUCGACGUGGGAAGGGAGUUAGUGAUGAUCAGUCUACCUCGGUUGAAUGGGAGAUCAGUGAGUGGCAUGAUGAUGGAUCUGGAUUUGUGCGACAGGAAUCCGAGUCCACUUCACGUUCUACUGGGAAGAGAAAGCGGGUUGCUCAGGCUGAUGUCGAGGAGCCUGAGUCUCCCUCGAAGCGUGUUGAGUAA